AUGAAGCGGCCGUGUGAGGACAGCAGCUCAGAGGAGAGCGACCUGGACCAGAUGAUCGAUGUCGGCUGUGAGAACAUCCAUCCAGGACACGUGAAGAUGAGGAUGAUGAGGUGUGGAUCCCCGACCACCAGCACACAAGUGACGGCGAGGAAGAAGCGCCGAGGGAUCAUCGAGAAGCGGCGCCGGGACAGAAUCAACCUGAGUCUGACGGAGCUGCGGCGCCUCGUCCCCACGGCGUCCGACAAGCAGGGUUCGGCCAAACUGGAGAAAGCCGAGAUCCUCCAGAUGACCGUGGACCACCUGAAGAUGAUGCAGGCGACCGGAGGGAAAGGUUACUUUGACGUCCACGCCCUGGCCCUGGACUUCCUGUCCAUCGGCUUCAGGGAGUGCGUGACCGAGGUUUCCCGCUACCUGUGCACCGCGGAGCCCCUGGACUCCGGAGACCCCCUGCGGCCCCGCCUCCUCUCCCACCUCACUUCCUGCGCCUCCCAUCGUGACGCCGCCGCUCUGACCGCCGCCUCCCACCCUCCCCACCAGCAGCAGCCGUACCCGUUCCCUCCCCCCCCCCACCCUCACCACUGGGCCGCCGCAGGGUUCCGCCCACUUCCCGCCGCCGCCGCCACCGCGCCAUACGGGCUUCCUGUUUCCUCAGACGUAUCGCAGCGCAGUGCGGCCUCCUCUUACUCCGCCCAUGCAGACUCCACCACCUCCUCCUCUCCUUCCUCCUCCUCCUCCUCCUCUUCGUCCCUGGUGCUCUCCCCUCUCUCGCUCCUCUCUCUCUCCGCCUCGUUUCCCAUCGCCCUCCACGCCGGUUUCCCCGUCCUUCCUCCCUUCUCCUCCUCCUCCUCCUCUUCCUCCUCCUCCUCCUCAUCCCAGACUCCUCUCAGCGGCAGUAAACCCUACAGGCCGUGGGGAACCGAGGUCGGAGCGUUCUGA